GCCCACCAUCCGAAUCUCUCAAUUUGCUCGUACAUCUUCGUCACCGCAACGAGAGCCUUCGUCUCCACUCGCUCUGAUCCAUCUCAGUCGAGUACCUCUGGUCACCCUUAGAAGACGGACUCGAAUUACGCUUGAUCGUACGCUGCUCAAUCCACACCAGUCUGUUCAAACUAUUCUCCGCCUUUCCCUCAGCAGACUUGGACUCCCGUCUCCUCGCAGCCCUUUUGCACAGCAUGACUACGCAGAACUUUGAUCCCAACAGGGCACAGAACCUGCCAGAGAUCGAAAAGCAGAUGGCAGUCAAGUGCGUGGAGCACGCUCAGAUCUACUGGAACUUGCUGGAGAAGAUGGAGCCAAAGUCUUUGAGGCUGACCAAGUUGGACGACGAAAUCUAUGCUCACCUUGAAGAGGCUUUCCCUGAUCUCAAGGAGGGAGGAUCAGGCAGCGUUGCGAAGCUCGACGAGGAACUUAUGAAGAGCCCUUCUGGCAAAGAAAGGUGGAGAGAAUUCAUCAACAAGUAUGAGAACAAGGUUGCGGAUUACAACUUCGGGACUUUGAUUCGCACCGACGCCGCUGAGGAAUACACACAGUACAACACGACUUUUGUCACGCGCAUGCAGUUCUACGCCUACGAGAUCGCACGAAACAGGCGAGGCCUCAAUGACUGGGUACGAACAAAGGCUAUUGAGGAAGCGGAGGCCGAGAAAGCCAAGAAGGGCAAGAAGUGAUGGGAAGAAGAGCAAGAAGUGAUCGCUGGGCAUUUGGCUCGAUACGCUGCAGGCUACAACGAAGUGUCACAUCACUUUGGUGAGAAAAUUUGAUGAAGCUGUUUCUAUGCUCCAGCGCG